AUGCCGCCACGCCGCCGAGGAGCGUCGGGCUACCGCGGUGUCCGCCAGUGCCCCAACGGCUGGUACUCCGCCGAGAUUUGGUCCGGCGACGUCCGGCUCGGCCUCGGUACGUUGGAGACCUCGUACGAGGCCGCACGCGCCUACGACGCGGCGGCAUGGUGCCUGGACAGGCCGCGCCAGCAGAUGAACUUCCAGGAUGUCCACACGCGCCAGCAGGCGCAGGACGUCGCCCCUCCGCCUCGCCCUACCACGGAUCAGGACCGUGCGGAGCACUCUCGGCGGCAGCGCCGCCUCCUCGUCGCCGAGGAGGAUGAGCGGGCCAUGGCGGAGUGGCGCCGGCGCCACCCGGAGGACGUCGCCAACGAGGAAGCCUUCUGGGCAAGGCGCCGCGAGGAGCAGACGGCAAAGCACCGCGCGGAGCGGUUGGACAGGCGUCGGCGGAAGGCCCUGGCGAUAUCGCAGUGCGAAAUCGCUUAA